AGCUCGGAGGGAAAAGAAAGUUCAAUGUUCUCCAGAGAUGCGGCGGAGUCACGCGCAGAGCUGCGGGUCGACGGCUGAACACGCAGAAUGCGCCGAGGACUGCGGGUGAAAGCGGAGGAUCGAGAGAAGGACCGACUGUCCUCGUGUUUCUGUCCUCAAGCCGCCGCAUGCAUCAGCUCCAUUCCGUUAUCCGUGUGUACGCGGUGAAGUGUUAGUAUUAUUAUUGACACUUUCUCACGAGCAGAUGUGGAAAUUGGACAGAUGUGUUCUUGUUGAAACAAUUUGUACUGGGAAUAUAAAUUAGUAUAAAAAACAUUCAUCUACUGGGACUUAUUGGUGUAGCCUAUGUGAGGAUUUAUUUAUUUUUUUCUUCUGCUCUUCAUUCAUAAAAACUCCAUCAUGGAGGCUUCAGCACUGAAGCUGGUCAUUACUCUAUGGUGCCAGCUUGUGAUUGCAGCCUACAGUCUGGAGAUAAGUGCUUAUGACUUUGAGAGAGGGAGACCCGCUAAAUGUGAGCCGAUCAUCAUCCCGAUGUGCCAGGGCAUAGGAUAUAACAUGACCCGGAUGCCCAACUUCAUGGACCAUGACAAUCAAAAGGAGGCAGAGAUUAAACUGAACGAAUUCGCCCCACUGGUGGAGUACGGCUGUGAUGUUCACUUGCGUUUCUUUCUCUGCUCUCUGUUUGCACCCAUGUGUGCCGAUGAGGUGUCCACGUCCAUCCCUGCUUGUAGACCCAUGUGUGAACAGGCACGUCAGAAGUGCUCUCCUAUUAUGGAGAAGUUUAACUACCCUUGGCCUGAUUCUUUGAACUGCUCUAAACUGCCUACCAGGAACGACCCGAAUGCACUGUGCAUGGAAGCGCCAGAGAACGACACCAAACCAGAGCCUAAGAAAGGAGAGGGAAUGCUUCCGGUGCCUCCGCGACCCAAACAGCCUGGGCCGGGAAGUGGGCGUCCAGGGGGUUCCAUGGGGGUCUGUGAGAACCCAGAGAAAUUUCAGUAUGUGGAGAAGAGUGAGUCGUGCGCUCCACGUUGCUCUUCAGCCGUCGAUGUGUUCUGGUCCAGACAGGACAAGGACUUUGCUUUCAUCUGGAUGGCUGUGUGGUCCACUUUGUGUUUCGUUUCCACAGCUUUCACAGUCCUCACCUUCCUCUUGGACCCUCAUCGCUUCCAGUACCCUGAGAGGCCCAUCAUAUUCCUCUCUAUGUGCUAUAAUGUUUAUUCUGUAGCCUUCAUCAUCCGCUCAGUAGCUGGGGCAGAGAACAUUGCCUGUGACCGUGAGAAUGGCGAGCUUUAUAUUAUCCAAGAGGGGCUCGAGAGCACAGGCUGCACCAUAGUCUUCCUCAUCCUGUACUAUUUCGGUAUGGCCAGUUCGAUCUGGUGGGUCAUUCUCACACUCACUUGGUUCCUGGCUGCAGGAAAAAAAUGGGGCCAUGAAGCCAUUGAGUCUCACAGCAGCUACUUUCAUAUGGCCGCCUGGGGCAUACCUGCACUAAAGACUAUAGUCAUCCUGACAAUGCGGAAGGUGGCAGGCGAUGAGCUGACGGGGCUGUGCUAUGUGGGCAGCAUGGAUGUGGGGGCACUAACAGGCUUUGUCCUCGUGCCACUGUCCUGCUACCUCGUCGUCGGAACGUCAUUCAUCCUCACCGGCUUCGUUGCACUUUUCCACAUUCGCAAGGUGAUGAAAACCGAAGGUACCAAUACGGAGAAGCUGGAAAAGCUAAUGGUUAAGAUUGGCAUCUACUCCAUCCUCUACACUGUUCCUGCAACCUGCGUCAUCAUUUGCUACUUCUACGAGCGCCUGAAUAUGGACUACUGGAAGUUCAGAAGUCUGGAGAGCAAGUGUAUCAUCUUUCCAGGCCGAAGGAACGAGGACUGCAGUCUGGAAACGUCCGUGCCCACGGUAGCCGUGUUCAUGCUGAAGAUCUUCAUGUCACUGGUGGUAGGCAUCACCAGUGGUGUGUGGGUGUGGAGCUCCAAGACUUUGCAGACCUGGCAGGGGCUAUGUAGCCAGAAACUGGCAGACAGGACUAGCAGGAAGCACUGCAAUGGAGGGAGCUGCAGUAGCAGCCACUGCCAUUACAAAGCCCCAGCUGUAGUACUGCACAUGUCCAAGACUGACCCCUACUCAGACUGCCCCACGCAUGUAUGAGAAGAACUCGAGCGUGUGUUUGUGUGUGUGUGUGGAGCCCCACUCAGCUGAAAUGGAGAGAGUGACCUCAUCAGUAAUGUACUCUGCGGACUUAUACUACUCCUCCCUGCGUGUAUGACAGUGUUUGAGAGCAGGCUUAAAAAUUGUUUGUUCAUGUUAAGCAAAGUAAGUGAAAGUUUGAACAAAAAUGGACACACAGACCGCUACACGUUGCAGCUUUUCACUAAAGAAUGGACUGAUGAUCAGUGUUUUACAAUUAAAAGGAAUAUGUUUAUUAUUGCUUUCUGUAGAAGUGCAAAAUCUAACCCGUUAUGCAGUCCUUAAUCUGUUGCACACAAACACGUGCAUGGAGGUAUAAGACAUGUUCUUGUCCAUAUUUAGCUCCAUUCGUGGCAUUUAUGUGUUUUCAAAGUCCUCAUAGCUCUUAUUUAUUGUGUAUAUAUUUAAUUUUGUUUGGUCUUGGUCUUUUCAAGGAAUGGCCCAUAUCUCUUUGUAAACAAGUUAUACUGAUGGGCCAAAUUAAGAAAGAAGUGCCUUUUUUAAAAAAAAAAAAAAAAAAAAAAAA